GUCCCGAUGAGAGAUCCAGCGUUCUCCGGGGCUGCGAUGGCUUACCACCCCUUCCACGCGCCCAGGCCAGCCGACUUCCCCAUGUCCGCCUUCUUAGCGGCCGCCCAGCCUUCUUUUUUCCCGGCGCUGGCUCUCCCUCCCGCCGCCCUCACCAAGCCCUUGGCGGAUCCCAGCCUGGCUGGAGCCGCCGCCGCCGCCGCCGAAGCCGGCUUGCACGUCUCGGCUCUCGGACACCACCACCACCACCAAGCCGCCCAUCUGCGGUCGCUGAAAAGCUUGGAGCCGGAGGAGGAGGUGGAAGACGACCCCAAAGUCACGUUGGAAGCCAAAGACCUCUGGGACGAAUUCCACAAACUGGGCACCGAGAUGGUGAUCACGAAAUCGGGCAGACGGAUGUUCCCCCCUUUCAAAGUGCGGGUCAGCGGCCUGGAUAAGAAAGCCAAGUACAUUUUGCUGAUGGAUAUUGUGGCUGCCGACGAUUGUCGCUACAAGUUCCACAACUCGCGUUGGAUGGUGGCCGGCAAAGCCGACCCGGAGAUGCCGAAGAGGAUGUACAUCCACCCGGAUAGUCCGGCCACGGGCGAGCAGUGGAUGGCCAAGCCGGUGGCCUUCCAUAAACUGAAGCUCACCAACAACAUAUCGGACAAGCACGGAUUUACGAUCCUCAAUUCCAUGCAUAAGUACCAGCCCAGGUUCCACAUAGUCCGAGCUAACGACAUCCUCAAGUUACCUUACAGCACUUUCCGCACCUACGUGUUCCCGGAAACCGACUUCAUUGCGGUGACCGCUUAUCAAAAUGACAAGAUCACCCAGCUGAAGAUAGAUAACAACCCCUUUGCAAAAGGAUUCCGAGAUACAGGGAAUGGACGAAGAGAGAAAAGGAAACAGCUGACUCUGCCUUCCCUGAGGAUGUAUGAGGACCCCUGCAAGCAGGACAGAGAUGGGGGCGAAUCGGAUGCCUCUUCUUGUGAACCUGGUCCAGUUCAAGAGUCCCUUCACUCCCCGUUGGCCACAACUCCCAGCCCUUUGCGGGUCCACCGGAACAGCAGAGAAGACAAAGGAAGUGACCAAGAGCUGGAGAAGGGAUCGGGGGUGAAGAGAUCCAGCCCGGACCUGGUCCCAGGCAGCCCGCCCCACAACCACAACCUCUGCUUGCAGGGCGAAGAGCGGAGUAAAGAACGAGGGAAAGCCAGCGAGGUCUCCAAAGAAGGCAACGGAGGCGGUGAGGCCUCCCUCUUCACCCCUCUGAGCUCGGAGAAGGAGAAGCUGGAGGGAAGAAGGAAGGAGCCUCUCCUGCAGCCGUCCCAAGAAGGAUCCAAAAAGGAAUUGCCGGGGGAUUGUGCCCCGGUGGGGUGCAGCAGCAAGGAAGCCUUCGCCCCUCUGAUGGUGCAGACCGACAGCCCGCCGCACCUGAGCCCCAGCCACCUUCAGAGCUUGGCUCUCUCGGGCCUCCACGGUCAACAGUUCUUCAACCCUCUGGGUGCCGGGCAGCCCUUCUUUCUUCACCCGACUCAGUUUGCCAUGGCUCCGGGCGCCUUUUCGGCGAUGGGCAUGGGACACUUGCUGGCUUCGGUGGCAGGCGGAGGGGGCUUGGAGAACGGGGGACUCUCGGCUCAAGGGACAGCGGGCACCACCACCCCGUUCCCCUUCCAUCUCUCCCAGCACAUGUUGGCUUCUCAGGGAAUCCCACUGCCUGCCUUUGGUGGACUCUUUCCUUACCCGUACACUUACAUGGCGGCUGCAGCCGCCGCCGCCUCUGCCAUGCCGGUGACCAGCGCCACCACUGCCAGCUCGCUGUCCCGGAACCCCUUCCUGAGCAGCGCUCGAGCUCGCCCGCGUUUCAACCCCUACCAGAUCCCGGUGGCCAUUCCUCCCACCACCAGCCUCCUCACCACCGGGUUGCCUGCCAGUUUGAACGUCGGCUCGGAAGCCUCCAAGCCCGGGAGCAGUCGAGAAUCCAGCCCUCUUUCGGAUCUGCCCGUCCCGAAAUCCAGCAGCCAGCGGGCAUCUCUGUCUCCCAAGCCAUCUUUGAAGGGUUCCAUGAACGAGCUGCAGAACAUCCAGAGACUGGUCAGCGGUUUGGAAACCCAAAGGGAAGUGUCCCCUAGUAGGAAUUCCCCCAAGUCGACGGUUCACGGAAGCAGCCAACCCCCGAGAGCUUAGGGGGGUCCCCCGGGAAAGAGAGGUGUACAGCACAUAGUAUAUA